ACAGAGCCUAGAGGAGCAGAGGACAAAAGGAGCUGAGGAACAGAGGUGGAGAGGCAACAGAGCAUGUGACAGUGUAUCUGGAUCUACAGUGAGGAGUCUAAACAUGUCAGAAAACCACCUCCAAAACCGGUGCACGUCAACUAAUAGAAGAGCAGCAGAGGACAGCACCGGCCAAUCAGAAAGAGACAUCUGAGCAUCUCACAAGUAGAUUGAGAUGGAGGAUGGGGGGAAAGCAGCAGGGAGGAAGCCGUGCUGUGUGACUAAUCGACGGACGAUCAUCUGCCUAAUUUUCUUGUGCAGUUUUGUGAUUUUGUACGGCUUUAAUAUGUCCGAGACCUCCAACACCUGGACAGGGCACCUAUGGUCCCACUAUGUCAACACCACUUCUCAAAUGAAGCUAUCAAACUCAGCUCUGAAACAGCUAAUCCUGAGUUUGAACAACAAAAGGACUACAACCAACAUGACUACCUCUACUCCACCCUCUUCUGAAUACAAAUCCCCAGGUCCAUAUUUAGUAGAAUAUCCUCACAAGUACAAUUUUAUCAUUAACCAACCAACAAAAUGUGAAGAAUUGAAACCAUUUUUAGUUUUGGUUGUUCCUGUGGCACCUCAAAACAUAGAAGAUCGCAAGAUUAUUCGUGACACCUGGGGAGCCAGAGAAGUCCUAUCAAACAAAAAUGUCACGUUGUUUUUUCUUUUGGGCCUUGGUGAAAUCAACGAAAAUGAGUUAUUAGAAGAAAGCAAACACCAUAAGGACAUAAUUCAAAGUGAUUUCGUGGAUUGCUACAAAAAUUUGACAAUAAAGACCAUGGUAAUGCUAGAGUGGUUGGACACAUAUUGCCACCAGGCUUCUUAUGCAAUGAAAAUCGACUCAGAUAUGUUUUUGAACGUACCAAAACUGAUCGAAAUGCUGGAACAUGCCCCGAAAACUAACUAUCUGAGCGGACUGGUGGAGUGGGCAGCUAGCGUUCACCGACACACAACAUCCAAAUGGUUCGUUCCUUUUGAGAUUUUUAGCAGGACAACCUUCCCGCCAUACGCACUUGGUCUGGGAUAUGUUUUAUCUCUGAAUUUGCCGAAGAAGUUGCUAGAAGCGUCGCAAGAGGUGAAGGCUUUGUACAUUGAGGAUGUGUACCUGGGGAUGUGCAUGCACCAUUUGGGUCUUUCCCCCACUGACCCGCUCAUACAAGGAGCUUUCCACGUUUUCCCAUUGUAUUAUAACCGGUGUCAAUACUCGAAAAUCAUAGCCACUACUCUAGACACGCACACAAACAGAAGGCAGCUGUGGGCGGACUUUACAAAACCAGGGCCGUAUUGUUGAAGUGCAUAUGACAGGUUUUCAUGUUUUUUUCUGGUUCUGACUUGGUUUGGUGGGAUAGUAUCUGUUGUCAAUAGGCAAUUUUGUGGAAAAAGAAGACAAAACUCUAACUAGAACAAGGAAGGCAUUUUUCUGGCAGUAUAAAAUUAUUUUAACUUAAUUUAAAAGAUAAAGGUUUAAAACUUUGCCUUUGGAUGUUUUUUUUUCUCUUUUAUCUUUGUGAAGGAUGGAGGCUGAGAGAGUGGCUUCUGUGUAUUUAUCACAUAAAACCCAUCAACGGAAGCAAUUGGCUGUUUGUGGCUCCCAAACAGCCAAUUGCUUCUUCUUCUUUCAGAUUAUGACAUCACUGCGUCACUGGAGCAUAGUCUCUGAUUGGUUGAUGUGGCGCAUCAAACGACAGAAUUUCAGCUUUUGCAGCUCUGGUGUCUGACGACUCUCCCAGUUUGUCCUGUGACUGAUUUGGUAAUAUUACUUUAGAAACAUCCCUGCAUUGUUAUCAUGAGGGACAUCACUUCUCCACAGAUCUGACCUGUAACCUUUAAAGGUUCAUUAUGUAACUAUUUUCCUGUGGGGUUCCUUCAUGGAGAAGUUUUUACUUUCCCUACAAU